AUGGUACUUUGCUCAACUUUCUUCGGCCAAGACCCAUUCCACCUUCUCGACACCAGUUUAGCUGUCUCCUACGCUCCUCAAAUCGUAUUGAAUACGACAAGUGCCAUGAUCAGAACGCGCCUGACUGUUCUCUUCCUUACUACCGCUUGGCUAGCCCUUGCUGGUCUCAGUUCGGCUAUUUCUCACUUCGCAAACAUCCUGCAAGAUCGCGCAAAAUCCGACCUCGCCAAUACCAAUGCCUCUAUACUGGAUAUCACAUUCGAAAACCUCAUGAAAAACGUCCUUGAAGGCAUGGUGGUUGUGGCCCUUCUCUCAGCCCUGUUUGACAUUUUCGGUAUUAUCCUUGUGAUUUACCCAAGUUGGCUCCAAGAGAACUGCGAAUCUGGACUGGAUUACGGCUGCAUUCAAGUCGUGCUGAGCUUGGUAGUUGUCUGCGUGGGUGGCUAUUUUGCAAGCCGCGUACACGGCUAUCAAACUUCUUUCGAGUAUUUUGACCGGGCGGGCCAGUUCCAUACUACAAGAUCAUGUAUUAUGGAGCUGUCGGCGAAGCCGCGUUCGGAUCUCUAA